AUGAAGCUGUUCAGCUACAUCGUCCCUGUGCUCGGCGCGAAGCUCGCGAGUGCAAGCACGGGGUUCUUGACCCAGGUUGACGCGCGCACUUGGACCUUUGGGAACGAUUUGUGGAAUGUAACCCAAGGCUCAGUCUAUGCGAACAAGGCAUACUACAAGGGCCAAGAGCUUGUCGGCUCUGCCGUGGGGCAUUACGCGGGCUACGAUGGAGAGAAGAACUUCGAGUGGACGUCUGCAACUAUAGCUGCCGAAGGAGACGACUUCAUCGACGUUAGCUUCUCGUCCACCGUUGGAGACCUGCACUGGGUAGUGUUCGACGGUCUUGCCGGGUCAUACCAGUAUCUUGUGAAUCGCGGUCUCCCGGAUUUGAGUAUUGUCAGGACCCUCUGGAGGCUUGACCCGGAGCUGUUCCUCAAUGGGAGGACGUACCUGAGAGAUCAGCCGCUGCCCGACUUCGCUCUCUAUGCGAACGCCACCAAGGUGCAGGAUGAAACGUGGGAGCUGGCAGAUGGCACAUUCAUCACCAAGUACGACUUUUCUGAUUACGUACGAGACCGUGAUUUCUACGGUAUCUAUGGCCCAAAGGUGGGCUCGUGGUACAUCCACCCGGGGAGAGAUUACUAUAACUCGAAUCAAUUGAGUCAAACGUUGACGGUCCAUCGGGAGUCAGCUACGGGCGACUCAGUGCAGCUCAAUGUGGUCCAGGACACAUCGCACUUCCGGCUAGGCAGCGCAACACCUCAACCCAAGGGAAAAAUAUGGGGCCCCUGGCUUUGGUAUCUUAAUGAUGGUUCCGUUGAAGAUGUUGAAAGACAACGACAACUCGAGCUCCAAAACUGGCCAUACUCCUGGCUGAACGACACUGCAUAUCAAAGUCGCGGCGAGUUGGUUGGCUUGCUGAAGCUUUCGGAUGGUCGCCCGGCUUCCGGGGCAGCUGUCUACCUAGGCGAUGUCAACGCCACCACGAGGCCGCUUGUUCAGGGAAGCAACUACUACUAUACGACAUACGCUAAUGAGAAUGGGGAGUUCUCCUUCGCGGAUGUUCGGACUGGUGACUAUGCUCUAUACGCCUGGUCAAACGGCGGUGUCUUGGCAGAUGUCUACUCGAACUUCUCAAGGAGCGCUGUGUCGAUCUCCGAGGUCAAGAAGUUAGAUCUUGGUUCCCUGACUUGGGCCAUUCCAGAGGGACGCCGACCCAUCUUUCAGAUUGGAGACUUUGACAAGAAGGCUUUGGGUUUUACGAACGGUGGACCUCCGUACCAGCACGGGGUUGCUGACCAGAGUCCAGCCAACCUGACUUACACAAUCGGCGUUUCGAACGCGUCGGAUUGGUACUACGCGCAGUCGCUCAUCGGAACGUGGACGAUCGAGUUUGAAUUGAGUGCGCUCGAUAUCUCAAGCCAUGCUAACAGCACCGCUGUCUUGAGCAUCUCGUUAGCUGGCUACUCGCAGAGUGCCGCGCUUGACCUUGAUAUCAAUGGACAGCACCUCGCCACUUGGAGCAAGGACACUCUUGCCAGUGAUCCAGCUCUUUAUCGCUCAGGGAAGACUAGCGGGGAAUGGCGGUUCUUCCAGUACGAGGUCAACAGCGGCGUGCUUCACGAAGGGACAAACACCGUAGGAUUCACAGUGACGAGAUAUACUCAGUGGAGAGGUUUCAUGUGGGAUAGCGUUAUUCUUGAAUGGGCGUAA